UAAAAAGGUGAUGCAUCUUGCAUACACAGCCACACUCUGUACAUAAAACCACAAGGCCAUAAUCACAAAAUGAGUGAGUAGAAAGUUCAAAAUAUUACUUUAAAUAAUAGGUAUUAUAGACUAGCUACCUAAAUAGUACAUCAGUGCUCCUGAAAACACUCAUUCCCCACAUAGAAAAAAAAAAUCCAACCUAUACCUCACUUCUGCCUGAAUCAUAUUGGUGACCACAAAGAUGCUGAAACAGAGAGGGUUAGAGGGGGGGAGAGAGAGAGAGAGAGAGAGAAAGAGAGAGAGAGGAAAAAAAGAAAAAACUCCAGAUCUGUCAGAAACCGAAAGCAACAUGACAAAUAUAUAAACAGUACAUGAGCCUCACUAUAGCAUGAAGGUAUCUUGCUUUGUUCACUGCUGCUCCAAGAUGACUGUUUGGUGGCGGGCUCUCAUCUUCCUUUGCUGUUUACUCAACUGUGUGGAGUCCUCUUCUCCUUCUCCAGUCCAGAGGAAUAAAUAUAACAACUCCUUUCGUCUCACGAGGAUCACCCGAACCCGUGUCCAGCUGCUGCAGAGGAAAUAUAAGGAGCAGCAGUUGGGAAACACGCAUUUUGAGGACAGAAGCCGGCAGUUGAAGGACCUGCCAUUGCUUUCUACAGAUUUCUACAGCUGGUUAAAGCUGACGGACUGGGAACGGCUGCAUGCUGCUUUCUGGGACAUGCAAGCCUUUUGGAAUAUGCUGGAGUGGAAGAGAAAACAGCUGGAGAAGGAGGAGAAAGAGCAUAUGGUGGUGCGGGCGUUUGGCCCCACUUUACCUCAGAGCAUUAGGUACAUUCAGCUGGACCUGAGGGACCUGAUGAACCAAGUCAGCAGUCAGAUGAGUUACAUGAAGAGCUCAUGGACGAAGCCAACCUCUCCUACAGCCUUGAGCCCACAAACCAGAUCAAAAACUGUAUGGGACAGCCGAGUGGAGGGUUACAUCAUUCUGAGGGAUCUAGACCUUUACCUCACUAAGCUGGCAAGAGACUUCCUCCUACUGGCUUCAAAAACACACUUAUGACACAGACACACAACACAACACAACACAACACAACACAACACAACACAACACACACUUUAGACACAGACUUUACAUGGAGCUCUCAUUUGAGCCAGUCACAAUUUUUUCUCUUUCUUGGGUAUUUCCCACAGUUUCUGUCUCACCUCUAACUGUAAGCUCCCAGAACAGAGACACUUACCAACAUCCUGUUUUUCCCCCAAGCCCUCAGUCUCCUGGACUUUCCAAAGAUAUAUUUACUAUUUAUUGAAAUAUUU